AGACUGGUACUUGAGGCUGUACCUCUCCGCGCUGAUGUCACCUUAACCCCGGGAGUGACCUGACCUGACAAUUGCCAGCAGGGGACACCGAGACGGCAGCUUAUACGCAUUGCAGAGUGUACCGGAAGAUACAGUGUCGUUGUUCCAUCAUCAAAUCGAAAGCCAUUAAAAAAAAAUGCAGUGGUAUAUAACAACUUAUAAUUUUUUAGUAAUUAAGACAAAGGAUAACAGAGAGGUGCCCAUAUGCCUGUCGACUGUGAACGUGACACCAGUGUGGGACAGGAAUAGCCAACACCCCGAGUACCACAUCAGUCUGGUUCCACCAUAGCGUUCAUUAAAACUCGGUUCCAUAUCACCAAUAAAAGAUGAAAGGCCAUGAAAAUUCCGAUCAAUCACCUGGGAAGCCUUUAGGAAAUAGGCUUGACGAAAAUCCACAAGUUUUUUUUAUUCUUUUUUUUCCCAUUUCUGGCUUAGGACAAUAAAAAAAAAAGGCUGAACAAAUAAACAGGCCCACUGCCAGUCCCAAAAGACAGGUCAAACAAACUUUUUAUGUAAGAGGGGAACUGGUUUAAACCAACAAAAGAAACGAAUAAAAUGCCACUGAGAUGCCAGUCCCUAAAGAGAGGUCAAAAAAAGAUAAUCCAAAAUCGAAGGAUAAGUGCCUUGAAACCUCCCUCUAAAAAGAGUUCAAGUCAUAUAUCUAUCGAAGAUUUUGAGAGAAAAAAAAAAAACUUGAAUGGCGGAGGAGUCUUGUACCCAUUUCCUUCGCUUCAGUGUACUGCACUCUCGCCACUGAGGGAAGAGAGAGGGUCAGCCAGGAAAACACACAAGUCCCCCCUCACUGAACGCUAAACAUUUAUGAAUUCCUGCACCGCGAAAGUGGGAAAACGGACAUAGCAACUGAAAGUGGAGCAGUGCAUCAGUGUUCGGAACCAAACGCCCUCUGCUGCCCACGCCCUCCCCUAUACAGUCACCACCGGACUCAGACGCAGCAUCCGUUCCUUUCAUCCAUCCAGAAACCCAGUCAUUCACCUUCGCACCACCAUGCUCAGGACAUGCGAGCCAGCGCCCCAAGAUAGCUUGCAGGACAGUGGAGCCACCGAGGAGGCGAUGCCGGAGGAAGUGGUGAUGGUGGUGGCGUACUGUUACCUCAUUCCAACACUCGUCUCCAUCAACAUCUUCACCAACCUACUGAACGUGGUCAUCCUCAGCAGCCUGGGGCGGCGGCAGCAGCGCCCACAGCAACAGGGGCAAGCCACGACCUUCCGCUACCUGCUGUGGCUGGCCAUCACUGACGUGGUCGUCUCACUUUUCUUGGUGGUCGCCCUUUCACACCUCGAGCGCAGUGACCUGCCCUACGGCUGGGCCUUCUACUAUGCCCAUAUGGAGAUUCCCAUCCUCAACGCCCUCACCAGCGGCAGCGCCUACAUCAUGGUGGGACUGUCUGUGGAUCGUUUCGUUGCCGUUUGCUACCCACGCCGAUACUGUGGGAUCAGCGCCCCUCGACUUGCCAACAUUCGCAUUGGUCUCUCCCUGCUGGUGCCCGUCCUGUUGUACAUUCCGCAUGGGUUUUCUCAGAAGGUCAUCUGCAAUACUCAAGGGUCAGGAUGGACCUACGAUGGUGCAGAAAUGGACAGUGACAUCAAGUGGUUUGUGUGGGAGGUGAUGGUGGAAUUGUUCCAUCGCCUCAUCCCUGCUUCGCUUCUCCUGUUCCUCAACCUCCGCAUCAUAUGUACCUUCAGGAAGUUGAUGAUGCGUCGCAAGUACAUCACAAGCAAAAAGGAGGAGAGGGACGGGAAGGCCCAACAGGAACAACAUCUCGUGUACAUGCUUGUAGCCAUCGUCACCACCUUCCUGCUCUCCAACUUGCCUGCCGCCGUCCUCGCUCUCAUCGACCGAGCUGGCUCUGCCCAUGGCCCUCCUGCUGUUGAGGUAUUCCGAGCUGUGGCCAAUUCCUUGGAGGCAUUCGGCUCCUCACUUAACUUUGUGCUGUACUUCUGUUUCGUGCCGGACGUGCGCCAGGAGAUGCUGCGACUUCUUCAGGGAGUGCAAGGAGGAGCCCGAGGAGUACUAAAGCACGCCAAGACUUCCUACGUCUGCUCCGAUUCCAUCACCAACGACAGGUCCUCGAAAGAGACGGAGUGUGAGGAGAUUUAGGAAGAUGAUGCAUGGCAGGUUGCGUUGGUAUAGAAAGCCGAUGAACAGUUCCUUUUUUCGUCCUGGUUCAAGAUGAAGAGCAAUUGGCGGUGCUUCGGAUCACCAUUCCAGAUGCAAGUAAAGGACGUGGAUGUGAGAAGGCUGGCGUGGAGAUAUUUGCUGGAAAUUAGUAUUUUCAUCUCAAUUUGUAAUAAAUUCAA